AUGACAGUUUUCUUCUCACUUUUAUUGCCUGCUAUAGUUUUAUGGUAUAUCUACUGGAAAUUGUCACGUAGACAUAUGUAUAACUUGGCUGAUAAGCUUCCUGGACCAAAUGGAUUACCGUUUAUCGGAAAUGCUUUAGAUUUGACUGGAACUUCUCAUACUGUAUUUAAGACAAUCGUCGAGAAGGGAAAAGACUUUAAUAGAGUAAUUAAGCUUUGGGUUGGACCUAAAUUGAUUGUUUUCCUUGUUGAUCCACGUGACAUUGAGUUGGUAUUGAGCAGCCAAGUAUAUCUUGAAAAAUCACCAGAAUAUCGCUUCUUCAGGCCCUGGUUGGGCAAUGGACUUCUCAUUAGUUCUGGUCAAAAAUGGAGAGCUCACAGGAAAUUGAUUGCACCAACAUUCCAUCUCAACGUUUUAAAGAGCUUCAUCGAACUAUUCAAUGAUAACUCUCGACUUGUAUGCAAGAAAAUGAAAGCAUUGAAUGGAAAAACUUUUGAUUGUCAUGAUUACAUGAGUGAAUGUACUGUGGAGACACUUUUGGAAACUGCAAUGGGAGUCUCACGAAAGACGCAAGAUCAAUCUGGUUUUGACUAUGCAAUGGCUGUCAUGAAGAUGUGUGACAUAUUGCAUCUUCGUCAUACAAAGAUUUGGCUUUAUCCUGAUAUUCUCUUCAAUCUAACCAAAUAUGCCACAGCUCAAGUUAAGCUCCUUGAUGUCAUACACAGUCUCACAAAAAAAGUGAUCAGAAAUAAGAAGGAAGCUUUUGCAAAGGGAACUCGAGGAACAUUGGCAACACCUGAAUUUAUUAAACCAGAAGAAAAGGAACAAAAGAAGGAAGAAGUCAAGAAAACAUCAACAACAACUGCUCCAACCCUUGAAGGUAUGAAUUUUGGGCAAGCUGCUGGAUUGAAGGAUGAUCUUGAUUUUGAUGACGGCAUGGAUGUUGGAGAGAAGAAGCGAUUAGCUUUUCUCGAUUUAUUACUUGAAAGUGCUGAAAAUGGUGCUGUUAUAUCUGAUCAGGAAAUUAAGGAACAAGUUGACACUAUUAUGUUUGAAGGUCAUGACACCACUGCUGCUGCAUCAAGCUUCUUUUUGUCAAUGAUGGGAAUUCAUCAAGAUAUUCAGACCAAAGUUGUUGAGGAACUUGACCAAAUUUUCGGUGGUUCUGAUCGUCCAUGCACAUUCCAAGAUACCCUGGAAAUGAAAUACCUUGAACGUUGUAUGAUGGAAACCCUCCGUAUGUAUCCACCAGUUCCAAUCAUUGCUAGACACAUGAAACAUGAUUUGAAACUUGCAUCUGGUGAUUAUUCAAUUCCAAAAGGUGCCACUGUUGUUGUUGCUACAUAUAAAUUACAUCGUCUUGAAUCAAUCUAUCCAAAUCCAGACAAAUUUAAUCCUGACAACUUCUUGCCAGAAAAAACAGCAAAUCGUCAUUAUUAUGCAUUUGUACCCUUCUCAGCUGGUCCACGUUCAUGUGUCGGUCGUAAAUAUGCAAUGUUGAAGCUUAAAGUCAUUCUAUCGACAAUUUUACGUAACUUCCGUGUUAUUUCUGACUUGGGCGAGGAAGAUUUUCGUCUUCAAGCUGAUAUUAUUUUGAAACGUGAAGAAGGCUUUCAGAUUCGCCUUGAACCACGUAAGCCACGCGCUAAACAAGCACCUGCAUCGUAA